AUGGCAGAACCUACUCCCAGCGAUGGAGAUGAAUACACUCGGCUACAUAUAACACCUCUAACGCCCUCUCUUCUCCCCACGAUUCUCUCACAAUCCCUCCUCCCUAUCGCCCGGAACAUCAGCUACCACUCUAUCCAAACCUUCCCGGAACGCGCAUACGGCUUCCUGGAGCUGCCGAAAGAGGAAGCCUCUAAAUUAAAAAAGAAACUUAACGGCGCUAUUCUCAAAGGCACGAAAAUCCGCAUUGAAUCCGCACGGCCACAAAAUAUACCUGUCCCCGAAGAGCCAGAGCCAGAGAAGCCGAAGAAGGAGCGGGGCAAAAAGAGGAAGAGGGAUGAGACUAUACCUGCUGUUGAGAUUGGGGAAAGGAAUGUGAAGAGGGGCUGGACGGUUCCCGUUUCUAAAGUAGGGAAAAAGGAUGACAAAAAGGAGAAGAAGACCAAGUCAAAGUAUACCUCUGGGAAGGAGUGUCUAUUCAAGACGGUGGUACCGCCAAAUAAGGUGGACUUGACGGAGAAGAGGAAGAAAAAGAAGAAGGGAAAGGGGCCGGAAGAGGUCGUUGUGCAUGAGUUUGAAAAGACCGUGAAACAUGCCAGUUUCUUGAGGGCUCCAAAAGUAGAGGGGAAGGCGAAAACAGCCAGUGAGUAUGUGGAGGGGAAAGGAUGGGUAGAUGAGGAUGGGAACCUGGUUGAGGAGGUUGUUAUAAAGCGGAAAUCCGAUAAAGCCGCAAACCCUAUCGAGAAAGAUGUUACGCCUGAGAGCUCAUCGGAGGAAGACAGCUCGUCAGAAGAUGAUGGAUCAUCAGAGGGCGACAGCUCGUCAGAAGAGGAUGAAUCGUCGGAGGGUGAUAGCCUAUCAGAAGAUGGAGCAUCGAAGCCCCAGGAAUUAUCAAAGCCAGUGGAUGAAGACUCGAACUCUUCGGACUCCUCAGACUCAGACUCCGAAUCUGAUGCCGAACCUUCAGGGCAGGAGCCCCAGAAAACACCCCAAUCAAUUCUUAAGAACUCUGGAAACGCCAGCUCUCGACCGGUCUCAUCCUCCGGUCUAACACUUACUAUUCCUGAACCUACCGCCUUUGCAGCGCCCUCCGAACCCAAAGUUGUCCAUCCCCUCGAAGCGCUUUACAAACGACCAGCCGCUACACCAGACUCCCAACGCCAGGCAACCGGAUCUAACCCCUCCGAGCCAUCAUUCUCCUUCUUCGGGAAUGAUGAAGAUGUGGAACCAGAAGAAUCCGAAGCGCAGAAUCAGGUAUUGUUUACGCCGUACACUCAAAAGGAGUUUGAGUUCAGGGUCCAGAGAUCGGCGGCUCCGACGCCAGAUACGGCGCAUGUGAAUAAGAAGUUCGUGUGGCCUACUGAUCAAACUGCUGACGACGAGGAAGAGGAUUCUUCCCCUGUUAGCAAGAUCAAAGGGAAAGGAGUUGCUACGGAGCACAAGGACGGCGAAGGCGAUGCAAAGGGAACAGAAGCAGAGAGUGAGUUCCAGAAAUGGUUUUAUGAGCAUAGAGGGGAGGCGAACCGGGCGUGGAAGAAGAGGAGGAAGGCUGUUGCGAAGGAGAAAAGGCAUAGGGAGAAUAAGAAGAGGGGUGGCAGAGCUGCUUGAUUUGUUUCUCCCCCUUUCGAAGUUGCAUAUCAUGGCAUCUGUUGAAAUGAUUGUCUACAGCGUGAUUGAUCACCGAUACCCUAC